UCUAACAUUUCAUCUUGCUCUCUCUCCUUUAGAACACCUGACAAAAAAAUAUCCUUAGUUAAAUUUCUCCGGCGGCUUAGAAUCUAUGUGAAGGAGGAGGAACACAGAGCCACCGGUUUUGGAAAACAUUUAAUUCUCAGCUGGUAAUUGGUAAAUGGUAGUUAGAGAGACAAAGAUAAUGUCUGGACGAGAAGUAGAGUCAUCGACAAGACGUAAUGGAGGAGCUGGAGCUGAAGGAGGAGAGAGUCAUCCGUUUACUUCAUUGGGAAGACAAUCAUCCAUCUACUCAUUGACCCUCGACGAGUUCCAACACGCUCUCUGUGAGAACGGCAAGAACUUUGGGUCCAUGAACAUGGACGAGUUUCUCGUCUCUAUUUGGAACGCUGAGGAGAAUAACAACAACAACCAGCAAGCCGCAGCUUCUCAUCCCGUUCCACCGAAUCAUAAUGGUUUCAACAAUGGUGGAGGUGAGAGUGGAGUCUUUGGUGGUGGUGGUUCUUCAGCUAACCAAAGGGAUAAUAAGAGGCCAGGGAUAGCGAAGCAGUCGAGUCUUCCACGACAAGGCUCGUUGACACUUCCAUCUCCGCUUUGUAGGAAGACUGUUGAUGAGGUUUGGUCUGAGAUACAUAGAGGAGGUGGUGGUGGUGGAGACAGCAAUGGUCGUAGUAGUAGUAAUGGUCAGAACAAUGCUCACAAAGGCGGUGGCGAGAGUGCGGCUAGGCAACCAACGUUUGGGGAGAUGACGCUUGAGGAUUUCUUGGUGAAGGCUGGUGUGGUUAGAGAGCAUCCCACUAACCCUAAACCUAUCCUGAACCCGACCCCGUCUAGUGUUAUACCCGCAUCAUCUACGCAGCAGCAACAGCUUUACGGUGCGUUUCAAGGAACAGGAGGAGGAGGAGGAGGCUAUCAGCAGGCACCACCGGUUCAACCAGGUGUUUGCUAUGGCGGUGGUGGGUUUGGAGCGAGUGGACAGCAGAUGGCGAUGGUUGGACCGUUAAGCCCGGUGUCGUCAGAGGGGUUAGGACAUGGGCAAGUGGAUAACAUAGGAGGACAGUAUGGAGUUGAUAUGGGAGGGAUAAGGGGAAGGAAAAGAGUAGUGGAUGGUCCGGUAGAGAAGGUGGUUGAGAGAAGGCAGAGGAGGAUGAUCAAGAACCGUGAGUCUGCGGCUAGGUCUAGAGCAAGAAAGCAGGCAUAUACAGUGGAGUUGGAAGCAGAACUAAACCAGUUGAAAGAAGAGAACGCUCAGCUAAAACUUGCUUUGGGAGAGUUGGAGAGGAAAAGGAAGCAACAGUAUUUUGAGAGUUUGAAGACUAGAGCACAACCGAAGUUACCUAAAGCAAGCGGGAGGCUGCGGACAUUGGUGAGGAAUCCGAGUUGUCCGCUCUGAACAAACAAAGAAACAGUGAGAGACAGAGAGGAAAAGCUGAUGAUUUGAUAUGGUGUUGUUAGGUUGGUUUGUUUUGUCAUGAGACAUGAGAGAUAUAAAUCUUGUACGUUGAUGUUCUAUGUGUUGGUAGAAGGAACAUAUUCUGAUCUUCUCUACUUGUGUUCUUGUCGACAAGAAAGUGAUUCUCUGUUUCAACGUUAUGAAUCUUCGGAGAAUAUAGCAAGUGUUAUAUGUUACUAGUUUUAGUUACAAUC